UCUUACAAAGAAAAUAAAUGGCUAUCAAAUUCAACCCUGUCCUUGUGACUCUCUUUGUGGUGGCUUCCACCAUUCUCCUCCAUAUCUCCGACGCAAGAAGCGUCCGGAGAGAGGCUUUGGCGGGCGAUUGGGAGCCCAUAACCAGUAUAACGGAGGAGGUGACAGAGAUAGGAAAAUUUGCGGUGGAUGAACACAACAAAAAGGCCAAGACAACAUUAGAGUUUCAAAAAGUAAUAAAAGGAGAAAAUCAAGUUAUUGAGGGAAUAAAUUAUCGGUUGGUCAUCGAGGCCAAGGACGGUGAUUCGACGCAUAACUACUUGGCUGAGGUGUGGGAUAAGCCUGAUAAAUCUAAGAGUCUCACUACCUUUAAACAAUUACCAGAAGCGUAGAACAAAAAUGUAUUUUUAGUUUUUUACCUAAGUUUCAUUGAUAAAUUAAAAUGUUAGAUCUGAAUGGACGAAGUGUAUUAUCUUCUAAAGAAAUUUAAUGUGAUUUAUAGAAUUUAAUGAAAUGAAUCUUCAAUUAAUAUGGGUAUGUUUUGCAUGA